AUGGGGGAAUUGUUGAGGAUUUCAAUUCCAGUUACUAUGAAAUGGCAUGGGCUUGCUUGUCAAAAGGGUUUGUAUUUGCCCAACAAUGGUAAAGAUAGGAAUUGUUGUAGGGGUUAUUGUUGUGGUGGAUAUGGUUGUUCAGCUAUGAAAACAAGCAGAAUUCACUUGGGAAUAUGUGAGCUCAAUGGGGCUUCCAUGUUGAUGAAGGGGCAUACUUGGUUUGGAUGUUUUCGAUUGAAGAUGCCUCAGAUGGGUUUGCAAUAUGGGUCCAUUAAAACCAGAAAUUUGUUUGCUGUAUCAAGCGUGGUUGCUUGUAAUGCAUCUGAGUUUGUUUCCAAAGAAAACAGACAAAAAAAAUUGGUUCGAAGAGGAACUGACCAAUUUGAUGUAGAUUCUCUUGGACAAAAAUUACCUCCUUGGGGAAUUGUUAGUGAAAAUUCCGAGUUGGUUUGCAAUGAAAAGGAAGAACAAGAAUUGAUUGAGAGAGGAAAAGACCAAUUGGACAUGAAUUCUUGUGGACAGAAUUUGCCUGAAAAAUUGAUGGUUCAGCAGGGAUCAGAUAUUAAUAAUGAAAAAGUUGUUCAGUCACCAUCACUUUCAAACAAUAGGGUUGCUGGUACAUUUUUAGAGGAAACUGAUGAAAAUGAGUUAUCAAGAAGGAUUUUGAUGCUUAGCAGAUCUAACAAGGUUAGAAGUGCACUGGAAUUGCUUAAGUCCAUGGAAUUCUCAGGCCUCCAACCUCACAGACAUGCUUGUAACUCUCUUCUCUCUUGCCUUGUAAGACAUGAACUGGUUGAAGAUGCAUUGAGAGUUUUUGAGUUCAUAAAGAAAAAUGAGAUCUCAACAGGCCAUACAUAUAGCUUAAUGCUUAAAACGGUUGCAAGUACUAAGGGUUGUGAUUCAGCACUUGAUAUGUUUGCUGAAUUGGAAGCAUUUUCCAGAGGGAAGAAGGAUUUUGAUGUAAUUGUUUAUAACACAAUAAUUUCUGUUUGUGGCAGGGAGAACAAUUGGGUUGAAACUCAGAGAAUAUGGAGGAAUAUGAAGGAAAAUGGCUAUCAUGGAACGCAAAUUACUUACUCGCUGUUAGUUAGCAUUUUCUUUCGUUGUAGCCAGAGUGAGUUAGCGCUUGAUGCUUACAAAGAGAUGGUUCAGAACGCAUUAAAACCGAGGGAGGAUACAAUGCAUGCUGUAAUCGGUGCAUGCUCAAAGGAGGGGAAAUGGGACUUGGCUUUGAAUGUCUUCCAAAAUAUGUUGAAUCAUGGCCUGAAGCCAAAUCUUAUUUCCUGUAAUGCAUUGAUUAAUUUACUCGGGAAAGCUGGGGAGAUAAAACUAGCAUUUAAGGUCUUUGAAAUUUUUAAAUCUUUGGGUCAUACACCUGAUGAAUAUACAUGGAAUGCAUUACUUAGCGGUCUACACAGGGCAAAUCAACAUGUUGAUUCUCUUCGGCUCUUUGAGAGAAUAAAAAGAGAGCAAGACUGUCAAUUGAAUGAGCAUUUAUACAACACUGUUCUAAUGUCUUGCCAGAAGCUCGGUUUGUGGGAUAAAGCUCUUCAGCUUUUAUGGCAGGUUGAAGCUUCUGGACUUCCAGUUUCGACAGCAUCCUAUAAUCUUGCUAUUGGUGCUUGUGAAGUUGCUAGAAAGCCAAAAGUUGCACUGGAAGUUUAUGAGCACAUGGUUCACCAGGGGUGCACUCCAGACACCUACACUUAUUUGUCUUUGAUAAGAAGUUGCAUUUGGGCAUCUCUUUGGGAUGAAGUGGAAGAAAUUCUAGAUCAAGUUGCGCCAGAUGUCUCCUCCUACAAUGCUGUCAUCCAUGGAAUGCGUUUAGGAGGCAAGAAUGAAUCAGCAAAAAAGCUGUACAUGAAAAUGCUUAAGCGCGGUCUCAAACCUGAUGGCAAGACACGGGCCUUGAUGCGCCAGAACUUGCGAAAGCAUUCAACCAAAAGGAGGAGGUUUUCUGCCCACCGUAAGUAG